AUGGAGCUAGAGCCCCCUCCCGAACUCACAGCAAUGCCCCCGCUCGAGUUCACAGCAAUACCCCUCGGGGAGAAUGGAAGUGUCCAGCUGGUGCCCGACCCAGCUCUACUGUCCCCGGAGAGAGGCACGGCCAUGUUCAUCAUCCGCUGUGUGAUCCCCUCACUUUACCUGCUCAUCAUCACUGUCGGCUUGCUGGGCAACAUCACCCUCAUGAAGAUCUUUAUUUCCAACAGCGCCAUGAGAAGUGUGCCCAACAUCUUCAUCUCCAGUCUCGCUGCUGGUGAUCUGCUCCUGCUAGUGACCUGUGUGCCUGUGGAUGCCUCCCGGUAUUUCUCUGAGGAGUGGCUCUUUGGGGAAGUGGGCUGCAAGCUCAUCCCUGUCAUCCAGCUCACCUCUGUUGGUGUCUCUGUCUUCACCCUCACCGCCCUCAGUGCUGACAGGUACAAAGCAAUUGUAAAUCCCAUGGACAUCCAGACCUCCAGUGCGGUGCUAUGGACUUGUGUYAAAGCCACUGCCAUCUGGGUAAUCUCCAUGCUCCUAGCAGUUCCUGAGGCAGUGUUCUCCGAGCUGGCUCACAUCAAUGACACAGAUAAUGCCACUUUCACAGCGUGCAUACCAUACCCCAUGACAGACGACAUGCACCCGAGGAUUCAUUCUGUGCUGCUUUUCCUUGUGUAUUUCCUUGUCCCUCUUGUGAUUAUUAGCAUCUACUACUGUCAUAUUGCUAAGAGUUUAAUAAAAAGUGCUCACAAUAUCCCUGGGGAACAUAGUGAGCAUUCCAAAAGACAGAUGGAAACUCGGAAACGUCUGGCAAAAAUCGUUCUAGUUUUUGUUGGCUUCUUCGCCAUCUGCUGGUUUCCUAACCAYGUGCUCUACAUGUACAGAUCUUUUCAUUACAAUAAGAUCGAUCCAUCCAUGGGACAUAUGGUCGUUACCUUAGUGGCCCGAGUGCUAAGCUUUUGCAACUCUUGUGUCAACCCAUUUGCACUCUAUUUUCUCAGUGAGAGUUUUAGAAGACAUUUCAACAACCAGCUUYGCUGCAGGAAGAAAGCUGAGAAAGAGAGAUCUGCCAGCUACUUGCRCAACUCUUCUGCCAUUCAAAUGACUUCCCUGAAAAGCAAUACCAGGAACACAGGGACUACCAUGACACAACUGAAUGGGCACAACUUAAAACAAGAAAUGUCAUUAUGA